UUAGAGUUUCGCCAUCUGGUCACUAUAGCCGUUUCGUUUUUUACGUGAGUAUUGUGAAUUUGGUGUGUUGAUUUAUAUCUCAGUUGGAGCCUGCGUGGAAAUAGUGUCAGUACGUUUAAAGGCAUCAUCGUAAGGUUAGUCGGAAAACAAAUAAAAAGCCUACAAAUAGCAAGCAAGAACGCUUUCGCAACCACAAGAAAAACGAACAUACGCACGCAUCCAUCUGUGGUAGAGUCGGCUUGUGUGGGGGUGAGUGGAUGUGUGGGUGAGCAUUUCUGGAAAGUGCCGUUCUCUAUGUUUCGAUUCUACUUAUCCCUUCAUCACCAUUUCAUCGUUGAAUCAUCACGAAAGAAACAUCGAAAGUGCACAAUCGUUUGUUAUCUUUGUACGAAAACAACGGUGAUUUCCACACAGGCAUAACCUGCAAGAGUAAUACGAUACAAAUUUUGAUCUGAUAUGACCUCAUUUUAGUCGGUUUGAAUUUUAAAGAGAGCGACUCUGCAAACUGCAGGGAUAUGAACAUACAAAAUUCACAAAUGAUUGUUUGCAUCCUAGUUGCUUAUAUUCAUUUACACGCAUGCUUAUAUGCUUACAUCUGUUAUCAAUAAUUGACGACUUGGUGCAUGCGAAGCAAACGCAUUGAAAUGACUAUUGGGAUCCACACACUGUUAAAAAACACACUGAUUGCACUGCCACACAUUUCUCAACUAGAACCUAAUGUUUUAUACUGAACUUAACUGCAGGAAAGCCCAAAAUGCCCAGCAUCAAGUUGCAAUCUUCGGAUGAGGAGAUCUUUGACACGGAUAUCCAGAUCGCCAAGUGCUCCGGCACUAUCAAGACCAUGCUGGAGGACUGCGGCAUGGAGGACGAUGAGAAUGCCAUUGUGCCGUUGCCCAAUGUGAAUUCGACGAUUCUUCGCAAGGUGCUUACCUGGGCUCACUACCACAAGGACGACCCCCAGCCAACGGAGGAUGAUGAGAGCAAGGAGAAGCGCACAGACGACAUUAUCUCAUGGGAUGCAGAUUUCCUAAAAGUCGACCAGGGCACACUGUUUGAGCUGAUAUUGGCAGCGAACUAUCUGGACAUUAAGGGCCUUCUGGAGCUCACCUGCAAGACUGUUGCAAACAUGAUUAAGGGAAAGACUCCCGAGGAAAUACGCAAGACCUUCAACAUUAAGAAGGACUUUUCGCCCGCCGAGGAGGAGCAGGUGCGCAAGGAGAACGAGUGGUGCGAGGAGAAGUAAAGCGCGGCAUUUCGCGGGACCAACAUUAAGUUGAAACAGCUAGGGGAUUCGGGAACGAAUUGGAUUUGCAGCAUUGCAACUUUACUUAGUUGCUACUUUCAUUUACAUUUUUUUUUAUUUUUAACCCCAGCAGAGACUCGAUUUAAAUUGUGUAUAAAUGAUCUGUUGCUGAUUUGAUUCGCGGGGUUCAUUUUUUGUCGUAAAUAUAUCUCAUAUACAUACAUAUGCGAGAUUGUAACACUCUCUUUAACCUAUUGGAGUAACACUUGAUUUCACUUUAAUAAAUAUAACUACCCAACAC